AUGAAUUCACUACUUCGACCGGCAGACUUUAGAGUCUGUCGCAGUGUACAACUAUCAACCGCCUUACGGACUUCCACCUACUCCAAGUUCCCCACCAUCGUACUCUCGGCCAACAGAAAUCAACUUUUUCUCCGACACCUCUCCCACUCUCCGUCACGCACAGCAGAAGCCACAGUUUCAGUUUCCGAGGCCGAGUCCACAAAACAUACUGUCACAGAAGAUCCCUUUGUCUACCAUGGCCCACUAACAUCAGCUUUCCAUCGCCUAAAAUUGUUUUCACUUGGGUCAUUUGGUGUUUCACUGGCACUGUCGCCCUUUAUCUUCAUUGUUGACUCUGCUUUACCGCUGAAUGCUCGUAUUGCGCUUGCUGGGAUUGCUGUUGGGACGUCUGGCAUGAGCACAACGCUUGUAGCAUGGUGUGCUAAACCAUAUGUGACGGAGAUGCAUCGUUUCCGUCCUGACGGUGUAGGUUGCGCAGAGGAAGUGGAAAUGACUACUUACACGAUGACUCUGCAACCCAGAUUUACGAAGGUAUAUGACCCUUCUUUCUUGAUCGAAACGCGAAGGCCUUUGGCUAGAUGGGAAUUGGCACAGCGAAUCUCUCUUACACGAAGCCGGACCGAUGCCGUUGGGACCAAUGUGCAUCCUUCGCCUGGCGAAGAGGAAACCGUGGCUGAAACUCGAGACUCAAAGGGGGAAGUUCUCGGAAGGUGGAUUGUCAAAUGGGAAGAAAACGGAGCAGGAACUUGCCAUGAAGUUGGCCAUGUAGUACGGUAA